AUGGAUGAACACAACAUAAAAAUUGAUUUAGCAUUGCGCUCGAUCUACAAUAAUAUUCAAUCAUUUUUCAUUUAUUUGGAUCAAGCAAAUGACAUCAACAAAUGCCUUGUUUAUUCUCCUUAUUUCCAUCUGUCAUCACUUGUUGAAUAUUUAAUUUCAAAUGGUCUAGAUAUCAAUGCUAAAGAUGAAGUUGGACAGACUCCUCUUCAUUUUGCAGCCGACCAUAAUUGUAAAGAAAUAACAGAAAUAUUUAUUUCAAAUGGUGCAGAUAUCAAUUCUAAAACUCAAAUUCUCUAG